AUGAGAAACCGCACAGCAAUUACAACAUUCAUCCUUCUGGGAUUGACAGAAGAUCCCCAGCUGCAGGUCUUGGUUUUUAUUUUUCUAUUUACCACCUAUAUGUUGAGUGUAACUGGUAAUCUGACUAUCAUUACCUUGACCAUAGUGGAUCCCCAUCUUAAAAUUCCCAUGUAUUUUUUCCUCCAAAAUUUCUCUUUCUUAGAAAUUUCAUUUACAACUGCCUGUGUUCCAAGAUUCCUAUACAGUAUUUCAACUGGAGACAAAACAAUUUCCUAUAAUGCAUGUGCCAUUCAACUCUUUUUUACAUAUCUCUUUGGGAUAACUGAAUUUUUUCUUUUGGCCACUAUGUCAUAUGAUCGCUAUGUUGCCAUCUGCAAACCUUUGCAUUAUAUGACCAUCAUGAACAACAGAAUAUGCAAAACAAUGAUUACUUCUUGUUGGAUAGCAGCAUUUGUGAUUAUCCUCCCACCAUUUGGCUCAAGUUUUGAUCUGGAGUUCUGCGAUUCUAAUGUCAUUGAUCAUUUUGUCUGUGAUGCAAACCCUAUCCUGAAAAUAUCAUGCUCGGACACAUGGUUAAUUGAGCAGAUGGCUAUCGCCUGUGCUGUCUUAACUUUCAUCAUCACUCUUACAUGUGUAGUUCUCCCCUAUGUGUACAUCAUAAGGACCAUUCUAAAAUUCCCUUCUGCUCAACAAAGAAAAAAAGCCUUUUCUACCUGCUCUUCACACAUGAUUGUGGUUUCCAUUACCUAUGGCAGUUGCAUCUUUAUUUAUAUCAAGCCAUCUGCAAAAGAAGAGGUAACCAUCAAUAAAGGUGUGUCUGUGCUUAUUUCCUCCAUAUCACCCAUGUUGAAUCCUUUUAUAUAUACCUUGAGGAAUAAGCAAGUUAAGCAAGCAAUUAAUGACUUCCUAAAAAAUAUUGCACUUCUUUUAAAGAGGUAA